AGACCUUGAGUACCAAGAUCAGGGACGACAGAUCAAAUGCGCGCCCAUCAACACCUGCAAUGGCAUCACAAUCUAGAUCGUUGCGCCGCCGAUCGCCCCUCCCAGGCCCCCGCUCCCCCGGCAAAGACGCCCAACGCCCAGAUCCCAGCCGCGGCCCACGAUGGUGCAACAGCCGAUCGCGCAGCUCUCGAGAUCUGCGGCAGCUACCCCCUGCCAAACGUCAUCCAUUCAGCCCUACGCGCUAAACCUCCGCUCUAACGCUCUCUUGACGCCAUCUUGAGCCACCACCCGUCAAGCCGUCAACCAUUGUGUGCACGUUAAUAACCGCGCGUGUUCCUGCCAUCUUCACUCAUGCGCUUACUACGCAAUCUCCUCUCCAACUUUGCACGUUCAGCACGUUCAGCUCCGAAACGCAAAUACGCUCACGUUCACGACGUGCAGAUUAAGUGGGAAAGAACGCCGGCGCAGAAUCACGGGCAAAAGCAAAAGAAGAAGCUGGCAGUAUCCCACACGGCUCCCACCACAGUCUUCAAGCAACCCCUCGCGCUGCACUCGACACAGCCCCUAACCGGCUUCACGCGCUCAGGCUACUGCGAAGUGCCCGCCUCGGACGCCGGCAACCACGCCAUCGCAGGUGUUGUGUCGAAAGAGUUCCUCGACUUCUCCGCCGCGCGAGGCAACGAUUUGCGCCAAGUGGGGCUGACGGAUGGCUGCAAGUGGUGUCUUUGUGUGAGCAGGUGGAAGGAGGCGUUUGAUGCGAGGACGGGCAUGGACGAUAAGAAGGUGCCGAAGGUUGUGCUCAAGGCGACGAAUGAGAAGGCGCUGAAGGGUGUGGCGAUGGAUGAUCUGAAGGCUUUUGCUGUGGAUAAGGAGUAGAGGUGGUGGGGGUAGACGUGAUGGUAUUGCUAAUGGUACUACUGAAUGAUAGACAUCGUACAUGGAUGGAGAUACAGAGAUCUCUUGGACCAUUACAUAGCGGAUGUCCUAUCUUGUGCCGUCUCAACAGCUCGCAUACCUCUCUAGAGACCAAUAGCGACGAUCUCCUCUUGCACCGAAUCCCUUUUCGAUGUCCCCAAUCCCCUCAUCAACUGCGUCUCCACGUUCUCUAAAUCCCUCUCCGUCAUCUCCAUCAGCACCUCUGGAUGCGCGAGCAGCUCCGCAAUCCGAGCCGCAAAGACCUUCUGGGCCCUCUCCUCAGUACUAGUCUCAGUAUCCGAGUCGGUGGCGACGGCAGCGAUGGUAGCAGUAUCGUCGGUGGUAGCGUUGGCAAUUUCAGUCCCGUUCAUCGUAGUAUGCUCCGCUUCAACAUCGAGAUCCCUCCCCAUGAGUCUCACACCAGCGUAGUAGAUCUUCGCUCCAAUGCGG